CGCUUUGUUUUCAUAAGGGUGAAUGUGAGAGUCCAACACUUAUGUCCAUUUACUUCAAUACAUGUUUUAAAAACACACAUGCAUACUUUACACUGUGAGGACAGCAAACCGUUUUCUUUGUUACCUCUUAUUUACGCGACAGAGGGCACUUCGGACCCCUCAUGGACAGAAAGAUUCGUGAUGGAUUCGAAGUCACGACGACGGUCCCGCUCCAAGUCCAGAAGUUGGAGCCGGGAUCGGCGAAACAGAUCCAGAGUGAGCAGGUCUCGAUCUCCGGAGGAAAGGAAAGGUCGCAGUCGGUCUGUGGAAACGAAAAGAACCGCUCGUGGACGGGAGCGGUCGGGCAGCAGGAACUCCAGCGAUGGCUCUCCUGAUCGGCGUCGGCCUCGACACACGGACCGUCCAGGUGGCUCCAGGAGCGGCUCAGAGACCGAGAGGAGGCGAGGACCACCAAACCGUGCCAGGAGCAAGUCGAGGGGUCGAUCAUCAAGUUCUGAUUCAGACGAUCCCAAAGUGAAUAAGGGGAGAAAGGAAAUGGAGAGUCGGAGAGGAACAUCUCGAGAGAGGCGGAGGGAAAGGUCCCAGUCCAGCUCUGACUCCAACGAUGGAAGCACUGACAGAGAGAGGAGAAAACGGAGAAGUCCUGACAGAGCGAGUCCAAUCAGAGACAGACAGAGGAGGGAGAAAAACAGAGAUAAAGAGAGGUGGGGGAGCAACAGUAGAGAUGUGGAAAGAAAAGGAGACGGAGACAAAAGCCUAGAAUGCAGGAAGAGGAGUGAAGACCAAGAGCAAGGGAGGAGUGAGAGUAGCAGGGCUGACAGAGAAAGAGGGAGGCAGCGCUCCAGUUCACCAGAGUCUUCUGAUAGCUCAAGGUCUGAUCAUGGAGGCCGUGUGGUCAAAGAAAAGGAGGAUAAGAAAAACCAGAGGGAGAUGAUGAAAGCUCUGGAGACACCAGAGGAGAAGCGGGCCAGAAGACUGUCAAAGAAGGAAGCAAAGGAGAAGAAACGGAGAGAAAAGAUGGGCUGGAGUGAAGAGUACAUGGGUUACACCAACGCAGACAAUCCCUUUGGUGACAACAACUUAUUGGGAACAUUCAAAUGGCAGAAAGCGUUGGAUAAGAAAGGUAUCGGACAUCUUGGAGAAAAAGACCUUAAAGACAGGAACAAAUGUAUUCAGGAGGAGAAUCGCAGAGAGCUUCAGAAGGUAAAACAGUUGCGUCUGGAGAGGGAGCGAGAAAAGGCCAUGAGAGAGACUGAGCUGGAGAUGCUGCAGAGAGAAAAGGAAGCAGAGCAUUUCAAGACCUGGGCUGAACAGGAAGACAACUUCCAUCUGCAUCAGGCCAAACUAAGGUCAAAGAUCAGAAUCCGUGAUGGUCGUGCCAAGCCCAUUGACCUUUUGGCGAAGUACAUCAGUGCAGAAGAUGACGAUCUCGCUGUGGAGAUGCACGAGCCUUAUACAUUUCUCAACGGGCUAACAGUCACCGACAUGGAUGACCUGCUGGAGGACAUCAAGGUGUACAUGGAGUUGGAGCAAGGGAAGAAUGUGGACUUCUGGAGAGACAUGACGACCAUCACUGAGGAUGAGAUCAGCAAACUGAGAAAACUGGAGGCCUCUGGGAAAGGACCGGGUGAUCGUCGUGAGGGCAUCAACACAGCUGUGAGCAUUGAUGUCCAGACAGUGUUCAAAGGGAAGACAUACAGCCAGAUGCAGGCGCUGCACCUGAACAUUGAGACCAAGAUUCGGGCUGGAGGGUCUAAUCUUGAUAUAGGUUACUGGGAGAGUCUGCUGCAGCAAGUCAGAGUCUACAUGGCCAGAGCGAGGUUGAGAGAGCGACAUCAGGAUGUUCUGCGUCAGAAGCUGUUCAAGCUGAAACAGGAACAAGGAGUUGAAAGUGAACCUUUGUUCCCCAUCAUCAAAGAGGAAACGAGGAGUGAUGAUGCAGGUCAGUCUUCAUCCUCCACAAAACAUAUGAACAGAGGAACUGAAUGGGAUGAAGAGGAGGCGGGUCCAUCAACGUCCAAGGCAGGAAACCCAGUUGAGGAAGGAGGAGAAAAGGGCGACAAGGAUGAAGAGAAGGGGGGCGAGGUGGUGGAGGCCGUGCUGACGGAGGAGGAUUUGAUCCAGCAGAGUCAGGCGGAGUACGACUCGGGUCGCUACAGUCCCACGCUGCUCACGACUUCAGAGCUGCCGCUGGACUCGCACACGACCACACCGGAAGAAGACACAACCAGGCUGCAGUUAGCACGCAGACAGCUACAAGUCACCGGUGAUGCCAACGAGAACGCCGAGGACGCCUUCGUACGUCGCGCCAAACAGGGCAUGGGCAACGACGAGGCCCAGUUCAGCGUGGAGUUUCCUGUCACGGGGAAGAUGUACCUGUGGGCGGACAAAUACCGUCCCAGGAAACCGCGCUUCUUCAACAGGGUCCACACAGGCUUCGAGUGGAACAAAUACAACCAGACGCAUUACGACUUCGAUAACCCUCCGCCCAAGAUCGUCCAGGGUUACAAGUUCAACAUCUUCUACCCGGACCUGAUCGACAAGCGCUCCACCCCGCAGUACUUCCUCGAGCCCAGUCCCGACAACAAGGACUUUGGGAUCUUACGGUUCCACGCUGGCCCCCCGUACGAGGACAUUGCGUUUAAGAUCGUGAACAGGGAGUGGGAGUACUCACACAGACACGGUUUCCGCUGUCAGUUUGCCAAUGGGAUCUUCCAGCUGUGGUUCCACUUCAAGAGGUACCGCUACAGGAGAUAGGAGCCACGUACCAAGAUGGACCAAGACCCCAGUCGCUGGGUUUUAACCACACACACGCUUUAUUAUUUAGGCUGUUCAGUCCAUUGGUUUGUUCUAUUGGUUUUAACUGCUCUCACCAAGCAGGUUUGUUAAAGCUACAUUACUCUGUACUUUUGUCUGAAACAUAAAUUGUAAUGUCUGAAAAUUCCACAUUAAAGAUUUGUUUAAAUUCUUA